AACCUUGGGUUUAGAGGUAGGGCUUUGUUUCGCCUACUUGUCAUUGGUUUUGUCUUGCUUCUGUUAAUGAGCUUUGAAUAGCGGUCUGAAUUACACCGACAAGAGUUUGGUUGCAUUACAUCUCUUAUAUAUUAACUAGAUAAAAAAUGCAUGCAUGCGCUGAAUGAGUUUUUUAUACUAAUGUUUGUUUAUUAAAUGGUUUUACCAUUUUGGAGCAGAGCACUACAAUCUUUAUCGAUUAUAAAAUGACAAAUACAAAUAUUGGCCUCUUAAAAUGUAUAAUCGUUGUUGAAGAAUUAACAUAUUACAACUCAUUUUAAUUAUUUAAAAACUUCAUAUGCACAAAAGAUAAAUUAAGUUAUGCGGCUGACACAAAUCAGCAAAACCAGAUAGACAACAUCGAUUAUAAAAUGACGAAAGAAGAUUAAGUUUUCUGCUUUCUAUUUGUUUACUAUUGACUCUCCAUAAGUGAUUUCAUUUUAUACAUCUAUAAAAUUGUGAUUUCGUUCUUGUUCUCGUUUCAAUGAUAUGAGUUUUGUUUUAAAAAAAAAUUACUCUGUGAAUUCGGUGAAUUACAUAAGUGUCAAUUUUAAAAUAUGGAUAUCUGUAAAAAAAUAGUUUCACUCAAGAUACAUAUCUAAGGAUCAAAUUUUCGAAUAAAAUUAUCGGCAAGCUGUAUUCACAGUUAAUGUUAAAAUCUAAUAUAUCAACUUGUUAUAAAAUAUAAGUGCAGACUCAAAAUAUAAAUGCAUGUCUAAUAUAUAUUCACCAGUUCGGUUUACAAAUCAUCUAAUUCUAGAACAACAAAACAAAUUAUUUAUUUUAUUAACCUACGCUUUUGAGGUUUACUUACUUAAUAGUAUACUGAUAAAAUAUAUAUAUAUAUAUAUAUAUAUAUAUAAUAUUUUACCAUUCUAGUAUAUGUAAAUUAUUAUAUAAACUAAGAAUUGUUUGAUUUAUUAAAUGAUAAACCAGUAAAUUUAUAAUAAAUAGUUCAAAUAUCUCAUUCUUACAAUUAUAAUAGUUAGAUAGGAUAUUAGAAAGAAACAAAUAUUAGACGAAUGAUAAAAUCUCUCAUUCUUCAAACAAACUCAAAAGUAGAUAAUUGGAAUAUUGUUAUGAUAUUUAAAAGCUUUUUAGGAAUAAAAAUCAAGACUGAUUAAUAUGAAUGAUAUAAUAUUUAUAUAGUAAUCACAUAACUCAACAAUGUACAACAGAAAAAUUGUUUGUUAAUUGCUAUAGAUUGAAAUAAGCUUCUCUAUUAUGUCAUUCUAGUUAUGAAUAGAUUUAUAAGAUGUCCACAACUUGAUCUCAUUUAAGGUUUAUCUGUCACAUUUUAUUCAUAUUCAAGUCAACUUGUAUUUUUUUUUAUAUAUAUAAUUAGGACGGUUGUACUAUGCUUAUAAUAUUGUUCCUUAGAAUUUUAGUUAUUUUCUAUUGAUUGUGAGUCGUGUGACAGUCACGGACAUAGAAGGAAACAAUGUUAUGGAUAAUGAAUGAUACUGAUAUGGGGUGGUCUCUUUAUUCACAGCAUUCAUAAAAUUGUUCUCUUGUAGACUGGGUUGCCAUCCGCAUAAUGCAAGAUACCGAUAUGUUCGUGUGCAAACUCUGAUCAUGGGCGACAUGUAUGUUUCAUCCCUUGAAAGGUAUGCUUGUGACCUUCUUCAACUUUUCCACUUGAAACGAUUUAAGGAAAAUAUAUUCUAACAGUUUAGUGCAUCUUCGUUUCAAAUGCUUGCCCUUUUGUUUUUUCUCGUUGUGCAAUGCAUCCUUAGCUGAUGUUUUGAACCUAGGAUUGUUAUGAAUUGGAUAUAAUAAUCACAUUAGUAUGGUAUGAAAGACCACAUUCUUUGUUGUGAAGAGUGGCACUGAAAUUGUCGUUGUCCAAGAAAGUUGACCUUUGACAUAAAUAAAUAGCGUACAGUAUGCAUAUUAUAGCAAUGAGUAUCUUGCGCCUCAUACUUCAUACCGUAUGGAAGACUCUAGACGUGCUAUAUCCAUUAACUUGACAGUUCCAGUGAUUUGACCUUAUGACUCACGCCCGAAUACUUCAAUUUAUUUAGGUUGCAGCAUCACCAUCAACCUUUUCUUCUCAAUGAUAAAUCUUUUGGCAUAUUCCUCUUCAAAUAAUAUAAAUGUCCCAUGAAGCCACGUUAUUUACCAAUUUCUUUUUGUCUUCUGUUUCAUGGUGCUCAUUUAUAUACCAUAAAGAUUCCAAAAAGCAGUCAUAUAUAACUCUUUGGGUCUACGGAAGAAAUAGCUGUUAACCAGUUUGUGAAGAGAGGGGAAAUUUAAAAAGCAAAAGAAAAACUAUAACUCUUUUAUGUUCCCAAUGAUUCGAGGAGCGCUUUUGGGAAUCAUCUGGAUGACAUAUUGUGUUUGCAUGUCAUUCCAACAAGAGACGACGUUCGUCUUCAACGGCUUCAACCAAGGAGACCAUCGUCUUCACCUUGACGGUAGUGCAAGAAUCCUUCUCAAAAAAGACGUCCUGCAGCUGACGAAUGCCACGACAACGCAAAUGGGUCGUGCUUUCUUCGAGCAGCCUAUUGACUUCAAACCGUCUGAACCAGUCUCGUUCUCGACGCAUUUUGUGUGCGCGCUUGUCCGUGCAGCUGAAGCUGGAGGCCACGGCAUGGCGUUUUUUGUGUCUCAUUCCACUGACUUCAAAGGCGCUCAACCGACUCGAUACUUUGGGCUUUUCAACCCAAACGGACCUGCUUCCACACGUGUGUUGGCUGUUGAGCUUGAUAUAACUAAAACUCUAGAUGUGCUUGACAUCAAUGAUAAUCAUGUUGGGAUUGACGUGAACAGCCCAAAGUCUGUGGUAUCUGCUAAAGCUUCUUAUUUCUCCGACAAAGAAGGUCGGAAGAUAGACAUGAAGCUCUUGAGUGGCGAUCCUAUCCAGGUUUGGGUGGAUUAUGAAGGAACAACACUCAAUGUUUCAUUGGCUCCUCUUGGUAACCAGAAACCAAGCCGACCUCUUUUGUCAUCAACAUCCAUCAAUCUUACCGAGAUUGUUCAAGGUAGAAGAAUGUUUGUCGGGUUUUCUGGUUCGACCGGGUCAAGCGUGGUCAACCAGUACGUACUCGGGUGGAGUUUUAGCAAAAGCAUGGCGUCGCUGCAGAAGAUUGACGUCUCAAAGCUUCCCAAAGUUCCUCAUCCUAGCAAUAAAAACAAGUUUAAAUCUCUGGUGUUUGAUGCUCUGUUGGGUUUACUAGCUUUGUUUGUUUUGGGGAUUCUCUUUGGAGCUUAUAUGUAUAGAAGAAACCUGUACGCCGAAGUGAGAGAGGAAUGGGAAAAUGUGUAUGGUCCACUCAGGUAUUCUUACAAGUCUCUAUACAAAGCAACAAAAGGGUUUAGUAGAAAUGAGUUUCUUGGGAGAGGAGGUUUUGGUGAAGUCUACAAAGGAACACUCCCCCGGAGCAUUGAGCUGAGAGAAGUGGCUGUCAAGAAAGUAGCACAUGAAGGUGAGCAAGGUAUGAAGCAAUUUGUGGCUGAGAUCGUGUGCAUGAAGAGUUUAAAACACCGGAGCUUAGUUCCACUUCUUGGGUAUUGCAGGAGGAAACAUGAGUUAUUGUUGGUUUCUGAGUACAUGCCAAAUGGUAGCCUUGAUGGUUACUUGUUUAAUGAUGAUAAACCGACUCUCCCCUGGUGGAGAAGAUUUGCCAUUCUCAAAGACAUAGCGUUAGCUCUUACUUACUUACAUACAGAAGCUGACCAAGUUGUUAUACACAGAGAUAUCAAAGCUUCUAAUGUGUUGUUGGACGCAGAGUUUAAUGGAAGGUUGGGAGAUUUUGGUAUGUCCAGGUUGUAUGAAAGAGGAGCUGAUCCAACCACAACAGAAGCAGUUGGAACUUUUGGUUACAUGGCACCUGAUCUUACAACAAUGGGACCUUCCACUGGAACUGAUGUAUAUGCCUUUGGUGUUUUCUUGCUUGAAGUAACCUGUGGGAGGAGACCUGUUGAGCCUCACUUGCCUGCUGCAAAACGUUUUCUGAUCAAAUGGGUUUGUGAAUGCUGGAGACGGUCCUCUUUGCUUGAUGCUAUAGAUCCAAAGCUGACAGAGUUCUCAUCCCGAGAAGUCGAGAGGGUUUUGAAAGUCGGGUUGCUAUGUGCAAACCUUGUUCCAGAUGCAAGACCGUCCAUGGAACAAGUGGUGCAAUACAUAAACGGAAACCUAGGGAUGCCUGAGUUUUGGCCAGAUUCUCCCGGAAUUGGAGCUCUCAUUCCAACGGCGUUUUCACAGCUCCCUUCACUAUCACUGUCUUCUUCCUCAUCCCACAACUCAAUGUUUAUUACUCAUUCACUCCUCGAUGGGAGUGGACGAUGAAAGUUUCUAACAAUUUCCCUUGUCAUCUUUGACCUUUUGUCAUCGACUAUUUU